AACUGAACACACCGAGUAUUUUUUUAUUUUUUGUAUAAACUUUAUUAACAUUACAUCAACAUUACAAGCUCACAACACAUAAGCAAAUAUGUACCUAUAAAUGUGUCUUCUUCGUGUAGAUACACUGUAAACAUCUUAACAACAGUAUUUGUAAUUGGUAACAGGACAAGAAAACAGGAUAAAAAAAAUAGAAUUAAAUAAAAUAAGAGUAUUUGUGGCGGCGGAGAAAAAAAACACUGCGUCACUUCCGCCUGCGCCACUUCCGCCGGUGACGUCACGAGCAGGCCCCGCGUUAGCUGCGUUGUUUGGAGCUAAUAAUAAAAGAGCUAAAAACCCUGAAAUAUCUGCGUUUCUGCGGAAACCUGGGCGGAUUAAAAGCUCGGAACGGCCGUAAGUAGCGACUGUCGCUGUCUGUGAUUAAAAUUAAUAAAGAUUAAAGCUGUUUCUGGGGAGGAAAACCAGCAUUUAGAGGCAUUUAAGUCCAGAUCUGGACCGGAUUCUGGAGGAAAUGAGGCUUUUAGGUUUUUAAAGGUUCAUUAAUAAAGGGUUUUUUUAUUAAGGGUUUAUUAAUUACAGUUUUUUUAUUAAGGGUUUAUUAAUUACACGUUUAUUAAUAAAGGGUUUAUUAAUUACAGUUUUUUUAUUAAGGGUUUAUUAAUUACAGUUUUUUUAUUAAGGGUUUAUUAAUUACAAGGUUUAUUAAUUACAGGGUUUUUACGGGGGCUUGAAAUCCUUGAAAGUGCUUGAAUUUCAAUGUUGUGUUUUCAAGGCCUGAAAAGUGCUUGACUUUUAUUUAUUUAUUUAUUUAUUUAUUUAUUUUUAUUUGCAUUUUUUUUUAGAAAAUAAAAGGACAACAACAGAAUAAAAUAAACAACAAAAACCACACAUAAAAAAAGAAAAAAAAUCAAACUACAUUAAAAUCAUUAUACAUACAUGUCACUUUGUCAUAUAAUACAUAAUAUUUCAUCCAGAGGAUUCCUUAUUUACAUGGACAGAAUUUUAGUUUAAAACUCAUCAGAUCAGACUGUAUAGUUUAGUCAUUACAAGGAGAAAUAAAAACAUAACUAGAUGUUUACAGCACCAUACAAUGGACAUAACUGUGAUUGAAAAGCUGAAAAAACAUUGAGUUUAUAUUUUCCUGUAGAUAUUUUACCCCAGCGAUUAAGCUGCUGGAAGAUUUAGAAAAUUACCCUUGAAAGUUCUUGAAAAGAGCUGGAAUUUGACCUUAAAAAAAUGUGUAGGAACCCUGAGGUCCAGGACCUGGUCCAGGUCCAGGUCCAGGACCUGGUCCAUCUGGAUCCAGGUGGACCAGGUUUAGUCCAGGACCUGGUCCAGGACCUGAUCCAGGACCUGGUCCUGGUGGACCAGGUCCUGGAUCAGGUUCCACCAGGACCAGGAUCCAGAUGUGUUCUGUAUUUCUGUAUUUCUGUGUCACUAACUUCUCCAGAGUCUCCUGGGAGUGUUUUUAACUGGUUUCUAGGUUUUUGGUGGUUUUUGGCCCCCCCCCCUUCCGCUGGUCCCUGGAUGCUGACGGAUGCUGGUCUGUUUUUUUGGUCCUCUUUGUUAAAGCCGGACCCCCUAAAGUCCGCCGGCCCCCUUUUCCCCCUGAACCCGAACCCGGAGCCGAGACCCAGCAAGACCGAGGGAGAUUUUUCACCUUUUUCUACUUUUUGCCCCUGGUUUAGCCCCCGGUUUUAGCCCCUGGUUUUAGCUGUCCCCCCUGGUUUAGCCCCCCUGGUUUUAGCUGUCCCCCCUUCUUUAGUCCACUAGUUUAAUGAUCUAAGAGGAGAAAGACAAGGACUUGUUUAUGGUUCUGGUCGGAGGCCGAGUCUCCUCGGGUCUCCGUUCUCUCCGGGCGACCCGACCCGCUUUUCCUUCUUGUCUCAUGGAUCAAGUGUUCCUUCAGGACCCGACCCGCUCCGGCGGAGAACCAGCAGUCCUGCAGAGGGAGAGGGAGGCCUCCUCUCAGACACCUCAGGGAGUGACCUUUGACCUUUGGCCCUGAAGAGACCCGGCAUGACUAUGACCAACCAUGGAGACGACUGCUACUUCUUCUACUACUCCACCUGCACCAAGGGCGACGGCUGCCCCUUCAGACACUGCGAGGCGGCCAUGGGUAACGAGAUGGUUUGCAGCCUGUGGCAGGAGGGACGAUGCUACCGGCCCGUCUGCAAGUUCAGACACAUGGAGAUCACGAAGAACCGUAAGGAGAUUCCGUGCUACUGGGAGACGCAGCCGGCCGGCUGCCAGAAGCCGCACUGCGCCUUCUUCCACGAGGGGCCGCGCUGCAUCGACGGCGUCUACGUGCCCCCCGACAAAGGUCUGAGCAGGAGCGACCAGCAGCCCCCCGAGGAGCCGGCCCCGCCCCCGGCCGUGGCUCCGCCCCCUCCCAACCCCCAGCUACGCGGCGUCAUCAAGACGGAGGCCCAGGAGCCGGUGCCGAGCCCCACACACCCCCCGGUGGUCAUCAACCCGGCCGACGACGACGAGGACGAGGACGAUCAGUUCUCGGAGGAGGGGGAGGACGGCCGCGUCGGCCCGUCGCCAAGGAAGUCGGCCCGCUCAGGCGAGCCGCUGGACUUCGGCGUCAGCACCCUGGAGGAGAUCCGGCUGAGGAGGGCCCUGGAGGCCAGCCUGAGGAGGGCGGGGUACCCGCUGCAGAGUCCCGGGUACCAGAGUCCCGGGAACCCCCUCCAGAGUCCCGGGUACCAGAGUCCCGGGUACCCCAACGGGGACAAGGACGUCCUGCAGCCGCUGAUGCAGCUACGAGUCCCGGAGGCGGCGGCGGGUCCGAGGCCGCGAGGCAGCGUGGCGGAGCGGCUCGGCAGGAAGGUUCCCGACCCGGGUUCCAGAGGUGGGCGGGGCCAACAGCUGAGGCGGAGCCUGGCCCGGCGGCUGGGCGGAGUCGUCCACGAGGAGGCGGAGCCACCGGCGCCGCCCCAGGAGGGGAAGUCGGUGAAGGAGAGACUCGGGUCGGUCCUCGGUACCGGGUCGCCCCCUCGUAAGUCCCUGAGGACCCGCGACCCGGUUCUGGAGACCCGGAACCAGCCGGUUCUGGAGACCCGGAAUGACCCAGGUUCCGGUACCGGUACCGGCCCGCAGCAGAUCCGGAUCAAGACCCUGGACCAGAUCAGACAGGAAAAGGCUGCCAAGACCCGGAACCCCGACCCGCGACCCGGUUCUGACCCGCUGGACCCGGAGGGACCUGGUACCGGCCCGGCCAGGGCCAGAUCCGGGUCCAGAACCGGGUCCAGAACCGGGUCCAGGCGGACCGUGGCCCUGAAAGAAUCCUCCAUCAUCCGGGUCAAGACCUUCUCCGAGGUGAUGCGGGCCCAGAGGAGGCGGGAGAGGGAACCGGGUCGGAACCGCAGCCCGGGGAAGGAACCGGGUCGGAACCGCAGCCCGGGGAAGGAACCGGGUCGGAACCGCAGCCUGGGGAAGGAACCGGGUCGGAACCGCAGCCCGGGGAAGGAACCGGGUCGGAACCGCAGCCCGGGCAAAGAACCGGGUCAGAACCGCAGCCCAGAGAUGAGCCAGGCAGAGCCGGACCCGGCCCGGCCCAGUUCUGAGAACCGGGUCCGGGUCAAGACCCUGCAGGAAAUCCGCAGGGAGAAGGCGGAGCGGCUGCAGGCCCGGCAGGACCAGAACCGGUCCGGUACCGAGGACGACGGCGGCGCCAAGAAGGCCCGGCUGCUGCCGCCGAGGGCGGUACCGGUCCAGAGUGGUGGUACCGGCGCCGACGAGCCGGAGACGGAACCGGGCCAGAGGAGUCCAGCUGCUGCAGCUCAGACCAGGAACCAGGUCCAGAACCAGGUCCAGGUCCAGAACCAGGUCCAGGUCAAGUCCUUCCAGGAGAUCAUGGAGGAGAAACGACGCCGGAAGCAGGAGAUGGAGGAGCAGAACAAAGACCCGGCCGGAGCAGAACCGGGACAGAACCGGGCCGGCGGGGGGGCCCUGAAGAGGAAGCUGCCACCCCUGGACCAGGACCAGGACCAGGACCCGGCUUCCACGGGUUCUGGUACCGGUACCGGUCCUGGUCCUGUUCGUAAAAUCCUGUCCCUGAAGGCCAGAGCUGCUGCCAGCAGGACGGAUGCUGAAGCUGCCGUCGCCGUGGAAACGGGGGCCUCCAGGGAGGUUCCCGCUGCCCCCCAGGGUCCCGCUGCCCCCCAGGUUCCCCCCCAGGGUCCUGCUCUCCCCCAGGGUCCCGCCGCCCCCCAGGUUCCUGCUGCCGGGGCAUCAGGGGACGGGAGUCAGAACGGCUCUCCUGAACACGCCAGCAACUGCAAAGUGAGGCCGAAGCUGAACGUCCGUCCGUCCGUCGUCAGGCCUUCCGCCCCGGUGAAGCCUGGACCCAAGAGGAGGGGGGGCCGCUCCGCCGUGGCCGCCGUCAAGCCCCUGAGCAGCAGCGCCCCGGCCCUGGAGGAGCCCCAGGAGGAGGCCCCUCAGGGGCCCCCCCAGGAGCCCCAGGGCCCCCCCAAGGAGGAGCCCCCCCAGGAGGAGCCCCGCCGCCGCGACGCUCAGGUUCCCAGGGAGCAGCUUCAGACCUUCAGCCCGGUCCAGGACCAGGACCAGGUCCAGGUCCAGGACCAGGACCAGAACCCGGACCCUGUCCCGGUCCAGAGGACCGGCCCCGCCCCCCCCAAGGCCCGCCGGGCCAGCGCCGGCCCCGGGACCCGGUCCUGUACGCGGUCCGGGUCCUCAGAACCGAGCCGGGACCUGGACGACUUCGAGGAGCUGAUUCAGCAGUUUUCUGGAGACCAGGAGGAUCUGGACCCGGAUAUCGGGGAGGAGGACCUGCUGCAGGAGCUGAGCCAGAUGAUUGACAGCUAGACCUGGCCCAGGCCCCGCCCCCUGGCCCAGGCCCCGCCCCCCGGACCAGUCCUGGCCCCGCCCCCAGACCCCCAGCAGGAUCUGGACCCGGAUAUCGGGGAGGAAGACCUGCUGCAGGAGCUGAGCCAGAUGAUUGACAGCUAAACCUGGCCCAGGCCCCGCCCCCAGAGCUGGCCCCGCCCCCUAGACCUGGCCCAGGCCCCGCCCCCAGGGCUGGCCCCGCCCCCAGACCAGUCCUGGCCCGCCCCCAGACCCCCAGCAGGACCUGGACCCGGAUAUCGGGGAGGAGGACCUGCUGCAGGAGCUGAGCCAGAUGAUUGACAGCUAGAGCUGGCCCUGGCCCCGCCCCCCAGGGCUGGCCCCUCCCCCCAGGGCUGGCCCCUCCCCCCAGGGCUGGCCCCGCCCCCCAGGGCUGGCCCCGCCCCCCAGGGCUGGCCCCGCCCCCAAACUCAUGAUUGACAGCUGAUCACAGCGACGGCUCCGCCCCCAAACUCAUGAUUGACAGCUGAUCACAGCGAUGGCUCCGCCCCCAACUAUCAUGAUUGACAGCUGAUCACAGUGACGGCUCCGCCCCCAAACUAUCACGAUUGACAGCUGAUCACAGUGACGGCUCCGCCCCCAAACUCAUGAUUGACAGCUGAUCACAGCGACGGCUCCGCCCCCAAACUCAUGAUUGACAGCUGAUCACAGCGAUGGCUCCGCCCCCAACUAUCAUGAUUGACAGCUGAUCACAGUGACGGCCCCGCCCCCAACUAUCAUGAUUGACAGCUGAUCACAGUGACGGCUCCGCCCCCAAACUAUCAUGAUUGACAGCUGAUCACAGCGACGGCCCCGCCCCCAACUAUCAUGAUUGACAGCUGAUCACAGUGACGGCUCCGCCCCCAAACUAUCAUGAUUGACAGCUGAUCACAGUGACGGCUCCGCCCCCAAACUCAUGAUUGACAGCUGAUCACAGUGACGGCUCCGCCCCCAAACUCAUGAUUGACAGCUGAUCACAGUGACGGCUCCGCCCCCAAACUCAUGAUUGACAGCUGAUCACAGCGACGGCUCCGCCCCCAAACUCAUGAUUGACAGCUGAUCACAGCGAUGGCUCCGCCCCCAAACUCAUGAUUGACAGCUGAUCACAGCGACGGCUCCGCCCCCAAACUAUCAUGAUUGACAGCUGAUCACAGCGACGGCUCCGCCCCCAAACUCAUGAUUGACAGCUGAUCACAGCGACGGCUCCGCCCCCAAACUCAUGAUUGACAGCUGAUCACAGCGACGGCUCCGCCCCCAAACUCAUGAUUGACAGCUGAUCACAGCGACGGCUCCGCCCCCAAACUCAUGAUUGACAGCUGAUCACAGCGACGGCUCCGCCCCCAAACUCAUGAUUGACAGUGAUCCACCUCUCCAGGGGGCGGGGCUUCUCUAUGACAUCACUUCACCGUGACGACGACGCCCAGCGUUACCGUGACGACCGUGGUUCUGCCAGAACCGGUCCGGUUUUAUCCGUAUAGUUUUUUAAAUGUGCUGUUUCCUCAACCGGGUCAGGAGUUCUGGGACGCCGGGCCCGGACCCUCAGGGACUUUGAUGUUUCUAUGAAAAACUCUUUGAUUUUAAACUCCCAUCGUGUUUCACCGGAGGACCCACGACCCGGACGACCCGGAGGACCCGUCUCCGGUCCUCCAGGGACGGGUCCAGACGACCCGUCUCCGGUCCUCUCCGGUCUAAAUGUCUUGCAGUUUUUUCAUGAACUUCUGCUUAAUUUCUGUAAAAACUCUGUAAAUAAAAUACUUUUAAGAACAACUGGGCCGUGUUCUGAUU